AUGAUGGCAAGUUUGCGGUUCUCAAUUAAACUUACUUGGCUGGGAGGUGACUCGCGAUCAAGAAGGCGAGUACUCCACGGUGAGGUCGGCCCAUUGCACUUGUGGGCAGUGACUGACCCGUGUGGCAGUCUCGAGUUGGGACUUGCCAACAGCAUAAUUUUUGCGUUUGGGGACAGACAGUUGUGCCGUUCCCCGCCGCAGGUCGCAAAUGGAUUUUGGUGUGACCCAGUGAGGCGCUGA